GAAAAACUCUCUCUCUCUCUCUCUCUGUUUUCUCAAAGAUUUGCCAGAUCUCUCGAUCUCGCUCGCUCUGAUCAAACUCACAAUCUGGGUUGCACGACAUACAGUUAUAUUUGUUGUCGGUAAUAACCAAAGCUGAGGACUUUGAUGCUAAAAAGGAAUUAUACAGAGUCACUGGAUUCAACAAAAUGGGGCAAAGGAAUAUGAUGUGCACGAGUCAGAUGAUUGAUUUAGAUCCGGAUCAACUAGCCCAGUCCCAUCUCCGUCCUGAACCUCGUGUUCUUUAUGGGAGCGUAGCAAAUUUUCCGCAGUCUAAUGUCCACACAAUAUUACCAGCUGCUGGGAACACGGAUAAUUUCGAUAUUCAUCAUCUACCGGACAAUCAUGAAAAUGCUUUAUUUUAUGGGAUGACGCAUUACAACGGUUUCCAGCAUAAUCACCCUGCUAGAUAUCUUGACUUGGGUGUUGCUACUGCAUCUAAUUACUAUAAUCCGUACAUGACUCCGUUGGGUUCUAGAGUCCCUCUCCCAAUAAAUCAAGGGUCUCAUGAUCAGUUUCCAUCUUCCAGCAAUGGUGGAAUUGUUGGAGUUCCGACAGUUGACUAUGGUAUGAACAAUCACUUCAUGGAUGGUGUUGGAGGUUCAUUUAAGAGGAAAAAUGCAGAUGGGAUUCCAGGAAAUUUCCAUUAUUGUAAUGCCUCAGCUGGUUCUAGUUCUGCAAUUGCCCCUUUAAAUACAAGGAACAUCGAACCCGGGAUGACUCCAAUGGAUGCUGCAUCUUUUUCACUCCCCAAGUACAGAGGGAAUGACAUACCAUCAAUUGUGGAAGUAGGAUCUCAUAGAAGUGCGAGGAAUAGACCAGGUGCUGUUGGACCAGACUCUGUGUUGGGUCAUAACCCUAACCAUUGGACUCCAGCCAACUAUCCAGGUCAAGUCUUUCAGACAGCCGGUUCUCCCUGGUUGGGCCAGCAGUUCAGCAGUAAUAGUGGUGAUGGAGGAGGAACUUUGACUUGGAGUCAGGCACCCCCUAUAUCGUAUUUGCAUGGGAGCAAUGUCAAUCGUGAAUGCACAGAGGCAGGAAACAUGGGUGUGCCGGGAUAUCAAGAGACAACUAGCAAUAGAAGUUCAACACCUUUCUUGCAUCUUCCUCCCAUCCACCAAGGGCACCCCAAUCUUCAUCAUUUACCACAACCCAUGCAAGGAAUGAGAGCCCAAAACAUCAAUUUCCUUUCUCAAGUAGCAACACCUUCUCACAGACUUCCAACAAAUAGCACUUCACACACUGGUAUGAAUCCUUUCCAAGAUGGCGUGGAGGUGGGGCCUAGAUAUGUGGGGCCUGUCCCACCAACUGGCCUUAGGAUAUACCGGCCUCACCGAAGGGCAAUCAUUCAUGACGCAACUGCGAGCCGCCACAACCUUCCUCACUUGAGAGUUCUUCCAACAGACGAAAUUGCCAUACUAGAGAUUCCAGGCUAUUAUGAAGUAGGGAAUUCCAUUGAUCAUCACAGAGAAAUGCGCUUGGAUGUAGAUCAUAUGUCAUAUGAGGAGCUUCUUGCAUUGGGAGAACGGAUUGGCAAUGUAGCCACAGGGUUGUCAGAGAAGACCAUCUCAAGUCAUCUGAAAACCCGAAUGUACAUUUCAUCUCCUACUUUGAAUCUGGAAGAAGCAGCUUCUUUGGACCAGGAAACUGAUUUCUGCGUUAUAUGUCAGACUGAUUAUAAGAACAAAGAGAAGAUUGGAACUCUUGAUUGUGGACACGAGUACCAUGUGGAUUGCGUGAAAAGAUGGCUGCUCAUCAAGAACACCUGUCCCAUCUGCAAAUCUGCGGCGUUGACCACAUAGAGAAAUGAAUUACGGAGAGGGGGUUGAUGGUUGGAAGAUCAAUUCAAAAAUGACUGCCCUUUAUUAUGUUCCUAAACUACAAAACUCAAAACAGAGUUGGUAUUAUGCCAUGUUAUUCUAUUUAUAUAUAUACAUACAGAGACAUGACCAACACAGGUCAACCCUGUUCAAGAACAUUUUAUUUGUUGGCCUCAUGUCUGUUUUAUCAAACUUGUACAGACUUUUCCAAUUUGUUUUUGGAUCAUCAUGCAUCAUGGGGGCUGUUAAUAUGACAUUUAUGUAUUCAUUAUGUGUAUAUUUUUUGGAAA